CUUCAUAUUCCCUUCCGUUCCGAUUCCAUCCGCAUCGGCGACGACGACAGACGCCGGGAGAGACGCCUCCUCGUCUUCGCCGCCGGUAAAAUUUCCUCCUCGGACGAUUCUCCAGCAGGUUUGGGUGUCGUCGAUUCAUCCUCCUUCCCAGGCAUCAGUCAGAGUUUUCUAUUUCAACUGUUUCUCUUUGUAGCAUAGGAAGCGUUGGGACUGUCUGCUUCUGCUGUUGAACAACAAUAUGGGUUCCAACAACGAAAGGUUCAAGAAGGCAUUUGAGGCCAUGAAGCCUCUUGGCAUCUCCAAGAAGCAGAUGAAACCCAUCCUGAGGCACCUGUACAACCUAUUCGACAAGAACUGGGAACCCAUCGAGGAAGAGAACUAUCGCAUCCUUGCUGACGCCAUACUCGAUGCUCAAAAUGAACGGCCAAUGCCCGCCGCUCCCAAUGACGAGACAAAUGGGGAGCCCACGCCUCACAGCUCAACACAGCUCAGGCCAGACGACCAACGCCCUUCAGCUUCUGCUAGUUGCUAUUACACGGAUGUCAACGAUAAUGAGACCCCCCUGAUCAAGAGAUCCAGGAGAUCCAGGAUGAGCUCAGCUGAUUUCGUACAUGAGCAGCCGACGCAACCUAUUGCUAUAGAAGGCAUGUCUUCCCAGCCUGCUUCACUGCAACCCAAUGAACCAAUUAGGGCAUUGGCAGUAGUGCGGCAAGCUGAUGACCAUGGGGAUCCUUCCUCUAUUGUCGCCUGUAAGAGGGAUAAAGGAUUGUUGCUUGAAAGUCCUGAAGAUGUUCUCUUCCUAAACGGGCCCGAGCCUGAAAUUGAUCUUCCAGCUGCUCCUGUUGCCAAGCAUCUCAAUACCAGCUCUUCAGGUGGGAAGAACAUGUUAAUUAAACAUUCUAAAACAAGGGAGGUGUUGGGAUCUGGUGCUGAUGAGGUUGGAUAUCCUGUUCAAAAUACUCCUCAGACACCUUCUGUUGAACUUGAUUUAGCUUCGUCCACUAUGGGUGAGGUGAAGAUGUCAUUGAAAUGCAAGUUUGACCCUUCAAAGGUCCGCAUUAGUUUGGACAAAGUCUUGAAAAUGGUCGAGGAUAAAUGUCUUCGCUCAUACAAGAUUCUACCACCUGAUUUUUCUAUUGGCAAGCUGAUGAAUGAGGUCUGCCAAUAUGUUGCAGAAUCAGGUGCUGUGCAUUCUGAAGCUCAGAGCAAAGGUGGCAGCUUGCAAAAAGAGGCAGUGGAGUCCGAUGCUCCUUCCGUGAAGCCAAUUGCCUGUAAACAUGCUGUUGACGGGAAUAGUAAUGCUGCUGUAGGAUUCACAGUGUCUGAAUCCUCUGAACCUACCUUUCAAAACUGUAUAGUUUCUUGUCAGCCUGAGUUGCCACUUUCUAAGCAAAGGCCACUCCAUGAUGUUGCUGACAUAUCAAAGGGAGAAGAAAGAGUUAGUAUACCUAUUGUAAAUGAAUUUGGCAGUGAGAGUUGUCCGCCAUUGUUUUAUUACAUACGGAAGAAUCUCGUGUUCCAAAGUGCUUAUGUCCACACCUCGCUUGCAAGGAUUGGCAAUGAGGAUUGCUGCACAGAUUGUUCAGGUGACUGCUUAUUAGCACCACUUCCAUGUUCCUGUUCUAGGUUAACUGGAGGUGAGUUCGCAUAUACACCAGAGGGUCUGGUUAAGGGAGAAUUCCUUGAUGAGUGCAUCGCCGUUAACCACUUCCCAGAAAAGCAUAAUAAGUUCUACUGUAAAGCUUGCCCUCUCGAAAGAUCCAAGAAUAACGCCUUACCAGAUCCAUGUAAAGGUCAUCUGGCCAGAAAAUUCAUUAAAGAGUGCUGGAGUAAAUGUGGCUGUGGCAUGCAGUGUGGAAACCGUGUCGUUCAGUGUGGGAUAACAUGCAAUCUCCAGGUGUUCUUCACAAAGGAAGGGAAGGGCUGGGGAUUACGCACGCUGGAUGAGCUGCCAAAAGGUGCUUUUAUCUGCGAAUAUGUUGGAGAGAUACUGACAAACACUGAGCUACACAAAAGAACAGUUCAAAAUGAAAAACGAUCUAAGCAUGUGCAUCAAGUUCUCCUGGAUGCUAAUUGGGGUUCUGAAGGGGUGUCGAGAGAUGAAGAAGCUCUAUGCCUUGAUCCAACAUUUUAUGGGAAUGUUGGGCGAUUUGUCAACCAUAGAUGUUAUGAUUCAAAUUUAGUUGUGAUCCCUGUUGAAGUUGAGACUCCUGAUCGUCAUUAUUAUCAUGUUGCAUUUUUCGCAGCCAGGAAAAUUAAGGCUUUUGAGGAGUUAACAUGGGAUUAUGGCAUUGACUUUGAUGGUACUGACAUAGCAUUCGAAUGCAUGUGCGGGAGCAAGUAUUGCCGCAAUCCGAAGAAUUCAAGGAAGAGGGCUAGAGCAGCGACAAGUGGAAGCUAGAGAGGAAUUUGGCCAAGAGGGCUUUUGGGUUGGUGGAAGCAGCAGAUAUGAAGAUUUCGUUGGUUGGUUUUAUGAUGAUGGUUAGAUAGGUGCGAUGCCACAGUGUGUGUUAAUAGGGGUUUGGGAUGAACUGGUAACUUGAUAGUCUGGCAACUCAAUGUUACUAGUACUAGGUAACUUACUGUCACUUGAGGCCGUUUGUGUGUGUGCGCGCACCUGUGAAUUUCGUCAGUCUUGUUACCCAACUACCUGCCUGUAGCAGCAGUUAACUUUUGGCUUCUCUAGCUGCUCUGCAUCUCUUGUAGAUGGCUAUUUUAUGCUAGUAUUCUCUUGGCUUCA